AUCUUUAAGCAGUGAUGAAGCCGAGUCGAGUUGAGUCCGUGGCCUGUGCUUUGCUCAGCUCUGGCGCCAAAAGCUUCAGCUGGGAGAGAGAAGAAGAACAAGGAGAUGGCGUCGUUGGAUACCCAAUUGCACUUUCUCAAUCACACUGAAGCAUUAUCAUUCUCCUCCCUAUCUACGCUCUCCACGCGCCGUCUUUACUCCAACUCAUCUCAAUCUCAACUUUCCUUCUGCACCAAGAAACUCCCUCGCCUCAAAGUCUUAGCCUUUUCUGUUAAGAGAAGCCCUAAGCGUCUCAAAUAUGCAACUCCUCGUUUUACCAAGGAAGAUGAAUUGGUGUAUGUUGAAGUUGAUCCAGCAGGAGCUGAUAGCUGGAAACUGGAACCAGUUGUUGAUCUUUUAAAAGGGGGAGCUGUUGGGGUCAUUCCUACUGACACUGUGUAUGCCUUUGUUUGUGAUUUGAGAAACCACUCUGCCAUUGAGCGACUUCGAAGAAUCAAGAACAUAGAACCUCUGAAGCCCCUUAGCAUUUUAUGCCACUCCUUUCGAGACAUAGAUACAUACACAACAGGAUUCCCUCGAGGUGAUGGUCAAGGCCACACAAGCGUAUUCCGGGCUGUUAAGCAGUGCUUACCUGGACCUUACACCUUUAUCUUAACGGCUAGCAAAGGUUUACCUAAACAGUGCAUAAGGUUUGGGACUACAACUGCAAAAUAUGCUUCGAGGAAAAACGUAGGUGUUCGUAUACCUGAUGAUGCAAUAUGUCAAGCAAUACUAGAGAAGAUGGAGGCUCCAUUGAUAUCUACAAGUGUGAAGAGCUUAAAUGAGAAUGAAUGGAUGCUUGAUCCAGUUGCUAUUGCUGAUACCUAUAGGCCUGAGGGUCUGGAUUUUAUCGUUGAUGCCGGGUUAAGAGUUGCUGACCCCUCAACCGUAGUUGACAUGACGGUUAACCCUCCAAAAAUCAUUCGGCAAGGAAAGGGACCGAAAUUAUCGUGGAUGGCCGCAGAAGAUUACGAUGAAUCGGAUGAAGAAAAACCAUAAAUCACCUUUUCAAUCUGUGUUUGAAAUUAUAAACAUUCAUACCGAUAAACCCUGUGUAAAAAUUCAUCAUAUGUACAGGGGGAAACUGUUUAAGAAAGAGAGAAGUGUAAAUUGUAAAUACAGAUUGGUCAAUAUUAUUGUACCGGUAAAAAACCUUGUAGUUUAAGUAACCCCAUAAGACAGAAGGGUUUGAGUUUGAGUGCACAUAUGAGGUUUCCAUUCAAGAAA